AUGUCUGGCACGGCCACUAUCACCUACGACGACGGCUCAAAACACGAGUCGGUCGAAGUUGCUGGCGAGUUCAACGAAUGGAACCCUGUCGGUCUCGACUACAAGUCUGGCACCCUUUACUCAAUUGUCAUUUCAGACCUUACUCCUGGUGCUAGUUACAUGUACAAGUUCAUUGUCGAUAGCACCUGGCUUUUGGCCAUUGAUGGCCGUCCAAUUUCAAACGACCCAAGUGGAAACGCAAACCACAUUCUGACGGCAUCCCAACCGGACCCCGUCGUACCUACCGUUGUGGUCCAAGAAGAAUCCCACUACAAAAAAGACCCUUCUUCUGCUCCUUCAUUUCAAUCCAAAGAUAUUGACGACCCCGUUCUUGUUGACCCUCCUACUAAAAAACAGGAAGAAGAAGGCCCCUCUGCUCCUUCAUCUACUACCCCUUCAACCACACAAGCCCCCCUAUCUUCCUUAGCUGAUGAGACCUCGGAGUCUUCUCCAGAAACCCUUCAUGAAGAAGUUCCCUCUGGAGUGUCCACAAAUGCCAUUGGGGGAACAAAAAACUCUAAGAACCUUGACACCCGUGACUUAGCCGAGCUCGAUGAAGAUAGCGAGGAUGAGCUUGACAAGUUCCAUGAAGAUGAGGAAGAUGACUAUGACAAUGGUGAUGAAGAUUCGGACAUUGGGACAUCUUCUCACACAGGUUCGCACGCUAGAAAUGCCCGCAACAGUGAUGAAGACGAGACAAACAGAGAUGUGUCCCAGCAAUCCCAGCAAAACAGUGUGUGGAUUGUGCGAUUCUUUAGUCUUAUCUUUGGUAGCAUUGGUUCAUUCUUUUCUAAGUUGUUUAAGAUUUUUGAGUUUAAACGUGAUGCGUCCGAGCAGCAGCAGUAA